AUGUCAGUGCGAGAUCACGUCAGAGAUGAGAGUGAAGAACAGGGGCGUUCAAAACGUGUGAGAAGAAAUCAAAGCAAGGUGCUUUCGCCACAAGAUGAGCAUUAUGAGAGCGAGAGUAGAAGUGAAAAUGAGAAUGAGAAUGAAGGAGAGGAAGAAGGAGAAGAAGGAGAGGAAGAAGAAGAAGAAUCAUCUAGCGGGGAAGAAGAAUCAAGCGAUAACGAGGAAUCUCUCAAGCUGCUAAAUGAAAGUGAGACUUUUGAAUUAUCCCAUAAAUAUCGGGAAUUGAAUAAACAUUUAGAAGAACAGAGGUCCAAAUUAACUACACAAAAUGGUGUCACCGUGGUGAAGGAGACACUCCAGGAGGCUGAAGAACUAUUUGAAGAUGCUAAGAAUACUUCAAGUACUGUGCUACUAGCCACAGACUCUGCCACGCUGAAAGAAAUAGGUGAACAAGCACGUAUUGCAACUGAAAAUGUCAAGUUUGGCCAAAGUGAAAAGAGUAUUAAAUUUGAUGAUUUUGUCGAUUGUUGGAUCGAAUGUUUUGGAGAUGUAGAGCAAUUAAGUCGCCUCAGCAAUGAAAAUGAUCAAAAUGUUGAAUACAAUUGGAGUAACGCAGGUUUGUUAUCUAACAGUAUAAGCCGUUAUGUAAAUGGAUGCGACUUCCUCCUUGGUCCACUGGAUAUCGAAAAGAAAAAACGUACCACGAGGAGCCGGUUAGUCGAUGAUGCAAAAAAGAAGGCCACUACUACCGCAAAUCUGAAAGACGCAAAUGAAAUUGUAAACAAGGAUACCAAGGACGAUACUUCAAAGUCAGCAGAAAAACUGUUUUUGAAACUGAAACAAUUUGGUAAAAAGAUUUCACUGUAUGAAGCGGUCCUAAACCCCCAUUCUUUUGGUAAAAGCAUUGAAUGCUUAUUUUAUUGCAGCUUUUUGAUCAACAGUGGAUUCUUAGUCAUGAACUUUUUCCCCAAUGGAGUUCCGUAUAUUGAGGUUCGAAAUCCUGAGAAUAUCAAACAAUACUCUCGGUAUAGAUCAAACGAUGAUGCAAAGUCCCAUAUUGUCUUCAACCUUGAUGAACCAACAUGGAAGGAGCUUGUAAGCAUAUACCAAAUUCGGGAGCCAUUUUUUGACAAUACUAAUGGAUAG